AUGGGUCGUCGCGGAAAUGGUCCGAAAAGUAACAAGCAGAAGCUUGCACCCGAAAAGGAGCGAUUCAUUCAGUGCUGUUCAGAUAUCACGUUGGAAUUGACAAACUCAUUAACGUCAGGUUCUUCAAGAGAAAUCAACCUGAAUGGAUUGAUAACCAAGUUUUCUAAAAAGUACAAGUUAAAACAGCAACCUCGGCUUACUGAUAUCAUUAAUUCAAUUCCCGAUCAGUACAAGAAGUACUUGCUACCCAAGCUUAAGGCCAAACCUGUGAGAACAGCUUCUGGUAUAGCUGUUGUGGCAGUGAUGUGUAAGCCGCACCGUUGCCCUCAUAUUGCAUAUACCGGUAACAUUUGUGUUUACUGUCCUGGUGGGCCAGAUUCUGAUUUUGAAUAUUCUACUCAGUCUUACACUGGUUACGAGCCCACUUCUAUGCGUGCCAUCAGAGCUCGUUAUGAUCCUUAUGAACAAGCCCGUGGAAGAGUCGAGCAGUUGAAGCAAUUGGGACACUCUAUUGAUAAGGUUGAAUAUAUUAUCAUGGGUGGAACGUUCAUGUCUUUGCCCAAGGAUUACCGUGAGGAUUUCAUUGUUAAAUUGCACAAUGCACUAUCUGGGUUCAAUGGUAAUGAUAUAGAUGAAGCCAUUGAAUAUUCUCAACAGAGUUUGACAAAAUGUGUGGGGAUAACUAUCGAAACGAGACCAGAUUACUGUACUCAAACUCAUCUUGAUGAUAUGUUGAAAUAUGGCUGUACAAGAUUAGAAAUUGGUGUUCAAUCUCUUUAUGAAGACGUUGCCCGUGAUACCAAUAGAGGCCACACAGUAAAAUCUGUUUGUGAGACUUUUUGUGUUGCAAAAGAUGCAGGUUAUAAGAUUGUGUCACAUAUGAUGCCUGAUCUACCAAAUGUGGGUAUGGAAAGAGACAUUGAGCAAUUUAAAGAGUAUUUUGAAAACCCGGAUUUUAGAACUGAUGGUCUCAAGAUUUAUCCUACAUUGGUGAUCAGAGGUACUGGUCUUUAUGAGCUUUGGAAAACCGGUAGAUAUAAGUCUUACAAUGCAAACGCGCUUGUUGACCUGGUGGCUCGUAUCAUGGCAUUAGUGCCACCUUGGACCAGAAUCUACAGAGUCCAGCGAGAUAUCCCAAUGCCGCUUGUUACAUCAGGUGUAGACAACGGUAACUUGAGAGAGCUUGCAUUGGCAAGAAUGAAAGAUUUUGGUACGACAUGCCGAGACGUUCGUACUAGAGAAGUGGGGAUCCAAGAAGUACAUCAUAAGGUUCAACCAGACCAAGUUGAGUUGAUUCGGAGAGAUUAUUACGCAAACGGUGGCUGGGAAACAUUUUUGUCCUAUGAGGACCCCAAGAAAGACAUUUUGAUUGGGUUAUUGCGACUAAGAAAGGCCUCCAAAAAAUACACAUAUAGAAAGGAGUUUACUUCUCAACGAACAUCAAUUGUACGUGAACUACAUGUAUAUGGUUCGGUUGUUCCCUUGCACUCGAGAGAUCCUCGCAAAUUUCAGCAUCAAGGUUUCGGAACUUUAUUGAUGGAAGAAGCAGCACGCAUUGCCAAAGAGGAACAUGGAUCGGAAAAAAUUUCGGUUAUUUCUGGUGUGGGUGUGAGAAACUACUACGCGAAGCUGGGAUACGAAUUGGACGGACCGUAUAUGUCCAAAUCUCUGUAA